AUGGAUGUUAUGGUGGGUCCCUCUUUCUCCAUCGACGUUCCGUCAUCACCUCCGUUCACCGGAAACAGUCCGGCUGGUAACGUGUUUUUCUCCGGCGACUCAUCGGAGAGCUCGUCGUCGAUCGGAACACCAGAUGACAGCGACAUCGAAAACGAGAAUGUUUCUCCGAAGAGAAACCGUGAAGACGAUGAAGAAGUUCAAAGCAAAUUCAAGGGUUUGAACUCUCUUGAUUCGUUAGAAGAUUCUCUUCCCAUCAAGAAGUCAUUAUCGAAUCAUUUUAUUGGAAAAUCGAAAUCGUUUUCGGAUCUAUCUCAAGUGACAAAUGUGGAUGAACUGAAAAAGCAAGAGAAUCCAUUCAACAAGAGGAGAAGGGUUUUGAUUGCAUCCAAGUUAUCAAGAAAAUCUUUUUAUUCUUGUUUCAAUCCAAAAUCGAUGCCCCUUUUGCGUGUGGAUGAGAAUGAGGAUGAUGAAGAUGAAGAUGAAGAUGAAGAAGAUCAAGGUGUGGAUAAAGAAGUUAGAGCAAAAGAGUCACCAUCAUCUUCAUGUUCUUCAAUGGAGGAAAAGAAGAAUGUACAACAAGAUGAAGUGAUGAUGAGGCAAUUUGAGAAUAGAAUGCCUCAAUCUUAUGCUAGUCAUAUGAGGCUUAGGUUAGGGAGCUUUAAGUCUAGGAGCUUUUCUCUUGCGGAUCUACAAGAACAUGAUGAGGUGGAGGAAGAAGAUGAUGAUGAACAGCAUUUGGAUUAA